CAGCCGAGCAAAAGUGUGCUGAUCGCAGCCAAUGGUGCAGGAAACUGUGAAGCCAACCAGAAAAUAUUGACGAACACAGCUGCAGGCUGCAACCGAAUGCAUGUGAUUUGUACCGCACCGGCCGGCGGUACAAUUGCUUCAAUGGAGUUCAACAAGCAGUUUGGAGGAGGAUAUGAAGCAAAAACUGUUACUGCACUGUUGAAAUGUAACGCGAAACAGAACUGGAUUUUCACAAAGGAUGGUGUUUCAAAGUGA